UGAUCCACUCUACACAUCCAGGUAGGCUGAGGCUGAUUCAGGCACAUCCCAGAGCUUUAUAAACAACUGGAUCUCCACCUGGUUGUCAGACUUCCAGAAGCCCAGGGAAGUGAACACAGCUCUUCCUCCACAAUCCAGACUUUCUCUCAUCCACCAGGUCACAGCGAACCCAGUUCCAAGACUCUGUGGAGUACACCCAAGCUCUGGAAGGAAAAUGCAGAGAGAAGCAAACCAAGGUGAAAGUUUGGAAAACACCGAAGAAUCCAAUGUGGGAAAGAGUGUGAAGGAGGAAGAACAAAGGCCCUCAGGUCGUUCCCGUAGCUCAUGGACCGACUCUGAAAUCAGGGUCUUCCUGCAGGAGUGGGAAGUAGUCGAACAGGAAAUGGGCCAACCAGGCAGGAAGCUCCACAAGAAGACCAAGUCUCUUUGCCAGCGCCUCUAUCAGCAGGGCCUGAAGAAGAGCUGGAAAAGCUGUUUCCACCUGCUGCUGAGCCUGCAGGACCUGCACAGGACGCUCUGCAAUGAGAGACCAGGGAUUGAACCCUUGUUUUCUCCUUAUUCAGAGGCUCUGUACAGGAUCCUGGGCUCCACUCCCCAUGAAAGCUGGUUCCCAGGUCCUCUCUACGAUGAGGCUGAUGACUCCAUGCUCCCUGUGUACCCUCAACCUCCCAUGUACCAGCCUUCAGAUUAUGGCAUCACUGUUCCUUCUGCACAGCUUCAAGGGAACCCAGUGCCAAUGAUGUGCCAGGAGGAUUCCCCGUUUCCCACAUGGGAGCCCUGGAAUCCCAGCUAUCCACUGUCAGUUCCACACCUACUUCCUGGCUUUGCCCCAGGAGACCCCAGCCUCCAGCAGCCAUGGUCAAUGUGUGAUUUACACCAAGAUCCCCAAUGAAGAGAAGUGGAGAUUUUCUGUUUAUUCCCUGUAAACCUCCGGAUCAUGCGAUAUUGUGGAUUUAGGCAUCUUUCUCUACCUCAUAAGAGAAGAAAAUGUGAAAUUAAAUGAAGGUCCACGAAGAACUCCCUCGUGCCUUAUCCUUGUAGCUUCAGCGGGGUCCAUAACAAAGAGGGGCAGUGGAUCGUUAUUUGAGGUUCACAUGGCCCCCUGGAACUCGCCCUCUCCUGUCAACAUCCGUCUGACUCCUGGCAUGGAAUCUCCUCUCCCACAAAGGGCAACCUCCACUUUCAUAGACGCCUACUCGUGCCUCCUUCAUUCUCUCGCCCCCUUGUUACGGGAUCUUUGUCCAGUGUGUCACAGUCUCAAAUUCUCCACCACACGAGCGGCGUGCCCAGAGCUGCAUAUAUAGCUGAGCGGUCAAGCAACGGAUCGUUCAGCUACACAGACCUUGGUUCAUCUGCAGCAAUGAAAAAAUAACCAAAGAUUGAUUUAGUCUCAACAUCGGACGUAUUCGUAGGAUAGGAAGAAACAUAAACAGAGCGGCGGCUGAGAUCGGGCUCCAUAUUGUCACAGACUUCAUCAGCACUUGAUCCACAGUGGUGGCAAUAUCUGUUGAGACUCAGGUGCUUUGGGCUUCUGGGAGGAAUUAUGUUACUAGUGCUACUUAUUAGUUCUUUGAGAGCUUGAAGACUCAGUCCGUGACCCACUGCUCCUCUUUUCUCUUUUUAAGUAUGGCACUCACUGCUUUAGCUCUCCAUGUGUUGGCUCACCCACCCUUCCAUGGCUGCCAUUUGCUUUUUGUUCCCUCAGCCUUAUGUUCUGCCUGGCUAGCCGUUUUUGUUCCAGAGAGGGGAGUGUGCCUGCGUUAGCGUCCUUAUUUUUCUGCAAUGAAAUCAGGAAGGGGGGGGGGGCACAGGCACGAAUGUAAUAAGCAGAGGACAUUUGCGUGUCUUAA